AUGACUUCCAUGCCAGGACCAGCCCCGAUAGUUGAAAACAUCAAGCCCAAGAGGACUAGGAACAGAAAACCUAAGGACAAACCAGCUAGUAAGAUAUCCGAAAUAACGUUAUCCACGUCCCCACAGACCAGACCGAAAGGCUAUGUAAUACUCACAAUUAUCUCUAGUGUAUUCACAAGGCGAAGAGGGAUCCUCAGCUCUCCAACCUGAGGCUUCUCCCACAAGCAACCCUCACAGCAGUGUUGGUGGCCGCGGGGGUAGAGGUGGUGAGCGUGGUGGUGGCAACACCCGCCGGGGUGGUCGAGGAGGAACCAAUAGCUCCGAUAACAAGGGCAGAGAUCAACCCUCCAAUCGGAGUCAAGGUAUCGGGGAAAGCUCCGGUUCUCAAAGCGAUGCGGGCGUCCAGAUUUCCCACCCAAGGCACAUCAUCAAUGUCGAUCCUUCAAAGGUUGUGAAGCGUCCUAUUACACGGGGCAGAAGUGAGUUUAUAUCGCAGGUCCUGAGAAGGUUCGAAUGUCGUGGCCAAGUUGCAGACACAGAAAUCACCGUAUCCAUGCCUCCCUCAGACCCCGAUUUUCCCUAUGAUAUCAAGCAACUUGUCUUCAAAUUAUUGAUCCCAAAAUCAUACCCCGAAUCUCGGGACGUGCUUCCUUCUAUUAAAGUUAUGAAUGAACACAUUCCCAUGGGGUUCAGGACGAAUAUUGAACGUGGCUUCGAUGGCCUUGCCACUAGAAGGGAAGAUGCUACGCUUCUUGACCUCCUUAAUUCGUUAGACAGAAGUUUGGAAGGAUUUUUGGCCACAGAGAAGAUCGAGACACUCAAGAUUGUGCCAAAUACUAGCCAGUCUACUUCACGCCAGCCCAGCCAGGACCAAACACCACACACUACUGUCCAACCGCCCAAGCCUUCGCCUCUCCUGGCCCUCCCAGUUGAUAAUUUGACCACCGAAGAGGUCAGUACAGCUCAAGCCAGGAGGAAACGUGAGACCCGCCGCUUAGAGGCAAGGAUGAGAGAAUCAAGUGUCUUUAGAAAGUCUGAAGAUGGCACUCGCUACACAAUUCCAAUUGAACCAAGGAAAAAACACCAACUUCCAGUCCCUCUGCAGAAUGUAACUAGUGCGGUGCUGAUUGUCCCGUUAAGUUAUGACAUCCAUCGACCUUGGUUAGAAUUUUCCGGAGUGCCUGAGGACGUAGUUAGGAGGGUCAACAGUGGUUUCGCCAAACAAAUCCAGACGAAUCCAGGGUUCUCCUUAAUGGAGAAUAUCAAUGCGUUAUGUUCGAAUCUGCACAUCAUUUCCACACAGGAGGAGUCCUCGGAGAAUCAACUGGAGGAGUGCGUUGAAGAAGCAGCUCAAUCUCUUGAUAACCUAGCAGUGGAACCUACGACCGCUACUGUUCCUGAUAAGGAAAAGCCGGUAGGUCUUGUCCCGGAUAAAGACCACAUUCAGGUUAUCCCACGUCCCCCAGACUGGAACGUCCCAGAAGAUGGGGAGUCUGAUGACGAUGAGGAUUCUGAAUACGAUUCCGAUGACUACGUUUCAGGCGAUCCCGAGGACAACUGCGAAGGUCCUAUCGGUCAAAUGGAUCAGAAAGUCAUCGAGCGUGGAACAGCAAUGUCCCUCCCAGGUAUCGAUAUGCCCGGAGUUCAGCUAUUGGAGAUCGCGAAACUCAAUGUUACCGUCAAGUGCUCAAAAUGCAAGAAAGAGCUUGAGGUCAAUGAUUUGAAGCCUACCAUGCCCGGGAAGAGUUCCAAACCUAAGUUGAGCCAGUGCGAAAAGUGUUCUCGGGUUCUGGGAAUUGGUAAUACUCGCAACCCAUCGAUUAGUGCUUAAACUAACACUCCUGUAGGAUUUCGUCAAGAAUUUGUUCACAUGAAUUCCAACCGUCUCGGAUUCUUCGAUCUCGUGGGUUGUGCGAUCGUGGAAAUACUUCCGAGUGAUUUUAUUCCGCAAUGUGCUUCAUGUUCCACUUCACUCCCACCGCCCGGUAUCAAGGGUCUUGUUCCUGGGCAGAGACAGAGCACAAACUGUCGCCAGUGUCAUGCGAAAUUAAGUGAGAAUUUCCAUCUCGAGCUUUCAAUAAUCUAAGCGCUAACGUGCUCUUCAGGCAUCCUCAUUCCGGAGAUAAAGUUGCUGCGUAUUACCUCUGAGGAUGAAAGUAAAUAUUACAAUCAGUUAUUCAUUAAAAAGUUGUAUUGGGCAAAUCCUAAUGAGUUCCAUAGUGUCAAAUGAGCUGGCAUCUCAGGUUCCUAAUAAGAAGGUACCUUAAAACUCACAAUACUAUCAUGUUAGCCAUUUCUAAGAUUCCAAUAGUCCACUGAACGCGAGCGCUAUGUCAUCGGCCAUGAGUUACCCUUCCAGGGGCGCUGUGCACAUUACAAAAAGAGUAGGAAUCCUUUGGGCAACAUCAAAUAGGCACCUGCUAACAGCAUCUAGGCACUCGCUGGUUCAGGUUUUCUUGGUAAGAUCUGCAAAGGCCAAUUAGGCCCAUAUAAUGAUGACACGCUGCUAACCCGAUCAUCGCCUGCUGGUAACAGUUGCAACAAGGUAUGCUAUUAUGCUUAAUUGGCGCGAAGCCAAAUGCUAAUCGUGACGCAUAGGUCUUUCCGUGUGAUAAAUGUCACGAAGAACAAGUUGAACCCUUCCAUCACUGGGAGCAUGCAAACAGAAUGAUCUGUGGAACCUGUUCUCGGUUAGUGCACCCGGUACCACUCUCACAUGACCCAGCUACUGACACAUUGAGCACAUCACACAGCGAACAGCAGUACCGCCCGGAAGAAUGCACAUACUGUAAGCAUGCAUUUAUCAAGAGGUACACGGGUUAUUGGGAAGGUGGAACAGGGACCAGAGAUAAGAGGCUACUGAGAAGGAACGACCCAAGAAAACAUAAGCGGGUUAAUAAACCCGUGCUGUAAAUGCGCCAAUCGUAACUGGGGAUGCGAAGGGUUCCCAAGCCGCUCGCUCCCUAUUAGCUGCUAGAUAGUUUUUUCCCAAGGAAAUUCAAGCAAAACCAAAUCAUAAGCUGAAAAGCUCGACCGAAGUUCCCUACAUUCAUUAUAGUUAUAUAUAUACGCAGGGGGCGCGGGUAUUAUGCCCGGACUCAAAUGUAGGUAGACAUGUCAUGAAGCACUAGAACGAUACGCCUCCCGGUGAAUAACCAGCUCUGCCCAAACAAAUGAAACCAAACCAAAAAAAACGCCGUAACAAUGCUGCCGCAAGUGUCCCGA